CUUUUAUAGUCAGCAGCAGUUGCUCUUGCUCUCACCCAGCCCCUCUGUGGGGGCUCCUGCCCAGGAUAAAAGGGAAGGGAGGCGGCCCAGGCUCCUAUCUCAUCUCCCAGACGCCACGUCUCUUGGUUUCUUCUUAGAUCACUCCUCUGCCGAAGAUCCCAACAAGACAACAUGGCUCCCAAGAAGCCUGAGCCUAAGAAGGAGGCGGCCAAGCCAGCUCCAGCUCCAGCCCCUGCACCAGCCCCUGCCCCAGCUCCUGAGGCUCCCAGGGAACCUGCCUUUGACCCCAAGAGUGUAAAGAUAGACUUCACUGCUGACCAGAUUGAAGGUAAGUAUGGACAACCCCACCUCUCCGUCUCUAUUGCAUUUUCCUGGAGGACGAGGAGAAGAAGGAGGAGGAGGAAGAAGAGGAGGAGUAGUUGUUGUCCUCAUGAGUUCAAAGAGGCCUUUUCAUUGUUUGAUCGGACCCCAACUGGAGAGAUGAAGAUCACCUACGGCCAGUGCGGGGAUGUACUGCGGGCCCUGGGUCAGAACCCUACCAACGCCGAGGUGCUGCGCGUGCUGGGCAAGCCCAAGCCCGAAGAGAUGAAUGUCAAGAUGCUGGACUUUGAGACGUUCUUGCCCAUCCUGCAGCACAUCUCCCGCAACAAGGAGCAGGGCACCUAUGAGGACUUUGUGGAGGGCCUGCGUGUCUUUGACAAGGAGAGCAAUGGCACAGUCAUGGGUGCUGAGCUUCGGCACGUCCUUGCCACCCUGGGAGAGAAGAUGACUGAGGCUGAAGUGGAGCAGCUGUUAGCUGGGCAAGAGGAUGCCAAUGGCUGCAUCAAUUAUGAAGCCUUUGUCAAGCACAUCAUGUCGGGGUGAAGCAGAGUCUUCCAGGUUCUCCCUGUGAUCUCCCUGGGUGUGGUAAGGGGCUGGGUACAGGAGGCUGAAAUGCCCUUUCCACCUAGCACUUUCUUUCAGGUGCCUGGCCCUUGGCCUUAGCCAUACCAGGGUGAGUUAGAGAGAGGCCCCGGAUGGUUGAGCUGAGAUGGAGUCCUCGACUUAUCACCACGCCGCUGCCCCAAGGACCUUACAGGCCCUCCCUGUUAAUAAACUGCUCCAAUACGGCCAGGCUGGGCUCUGGGAUUAUGA